AUGAGUAUAUGGGAAGUUCCAUACUAUUGCACUUUCAGAAAUUUCGAUGUGAACAAUCCGUCGCCUACCCCAGCUGCACCGGUGGAUGACGAGCAGCCCGAUACCGCAUACCUCUCCCCCGAUAUUACUCUGAAUGCUCUAGGUCAACUAGGCGUCUAUAGAUUUGGGUGCGAUCGGUCAUUCAUCUCCAUUAUUGAUGGCCAAAGUCAACACAUCCUCGCCGAAACGACAGCGUCCAUAUCCUUGCGACAUAAAGAUCAGCAUUUACCAAAUAAUGGCAUAUAUCUAGGGUUCAGGACUUUGAACCUUGAAUGGGGGGUGUGCCCUCACACAAUCAAGUUAUUCACGGCCCAGGACAUUUCGUUGGAACUUAACACGCCCAACAUAACCGCGGACCGCACCCGCUACAUUAUCCGAAAUUUUGCAGCCGAAGAGUGUUUCAAGAAUCGCCCCUACGUGGUUGACUGGCCUCAUAUGCGAUUUUAUGCAGAAGUACCUCUGUUUAGCGCCUCGGGGCAUGUGCUCGGUUCAUACUGCGUAGUGGACGACAAGCCUCGUGACGUAUUCGGGGAUCACGAGGUUGCUUUAUUGCAAGAAAUUGCGGAUGCUAUUGCCCAUCAUCUUGAAAACGCCCGGAUUGUGCAUUUUCACCGCCGAGCAGAGAAAUUAGUCAAAGGAGUGGCUGAUUUUGUCACUGACCAUCCAAACCCCGAUGCUGAGCUGAAGAAACCAAGUGCCACAUUUUCGGGUCUACCUCUUCAUACUCAGUCGGCUAACGACGGUGAGAGCGGCUUGUCUCCUUCAAUGCACGCAGCCAGAGUUCUGGAGUCAACGACAAUCGCCGAAGAGAUAUCAGCACUGUCAUUUUCCACAGAAAGGUCCGAUCAGACACGAAUCACCUCCGUUCCUUCCAGCUUCGAAGGACAAAUAGCGGCGAUGACUCCACUGAAUGAAAACCACACCACGCGUGAUAGAGUUGGUUCUCAUUUCCGCACUUCGCGGAUAAAGCCCGGAGUAGCCAUUUCUCAAAGCAUUGCUUCAAUCUUCUCCCAUGCUAGUGCUAUCCUCAGGGAUUCCAUGGACCUUGCUGGGGUAAUGUUUUUGGAUGCUUACCAAAGUAACUCUGGAGUAAAACCCUUUCAACAUAACGGGAGGUCAUCAGAAGUAUCGGAAUCAUUGUGCGAGAGUUUUGGACAUGCACUUGGAAUAUCAGAACAUAGGUCACCUGAUGACUCCGGAGUCGCCGUUACGGAGAAACUCUUGAGAAUAAUGAUUGAUGCAUAUCCUGAAGGUCAAAUAUUCAAUAUGAGCGAUCAAUUUGAGGAUAACGAGCCCGCAGAGUUGGAGGCUUCUAAUGACAUUACUCAAACUUUAGCGGCACAGUUCCCAGAUGCAGACUCGGUCCUUUUUCUUCCAUUAUGGGAUUGGAACAAAUCACGCUGGCUGGCCGGGACCCUAGUUUGGACGAAACUACCCCAGCGUGCCUUAGGUUCGGAAGAGCUCGGAUUUUUCAAGGCAUUCGGGAAUUCAAUAAUUUCAGAAGUUGCCCGCGUCAACUGGGAUGCCAUCGAGAAGUCGAAAUCUGAUUUCAUCUCCUCCAUCAGUCAUGAGCUUCGUUCGCCACUCCACGGAGUUCUUGGUAAUACUGAGCUGCUACGAGCGACUGCCCUUGAGCCGGUCCAGGUAGAUAUGGUCAAGUUGAUCGAAUCGUGCGGUCUAACGCUGUUAGAUGUUUUGGACCAUCUACUAGACUUCACCAAGAUCAAUAGUAUCCAAAGGGAGGAUAGCUUGAUGGCAGAUAUGACGACAUUGAUGACCGAUGUGGACCUGGGCAUCCUCAUUGAGGACGUGACUGGAAUUAUGUAUUCAUCGCAGACUACCGGGGAUAGGCAGAGCUUCCAGUCAAACGUUGAGGGCCUUUUGACCCCUGCAAUCCCCUCUACAAAUGCCAGGGACAUGGAAAAUCUCAGUGUCGUCAUUCGGAUCGAAGAGAAGACUCCAUGGAAAGUGCGUACGGUAGCUGGUGCUUGGAGGAGAAUUUUGAUGAGUCUUGUUGGCAAUUCCAUGAAAUGGACCCGGAAGGGCGUCAUCGAAGUGUCCUUGUCAAAUAUCAGCCCUAAUUCUGAUUCCGAACCUGUGCUGGCUCACCUAUCAGUAACGGACACGGGCCGUGGUAUAUCACCGGAGUAUUUAAGACACUCGGUGUUCUCUCCCUUUUCUCAGGAAGAAUCAUUAUCAGAGGGCAUUGGCCUGGGCCUCAGUCUUGUGCACAAGCUCGUCACCUUCCUGGGCGGUCACAUUGACGUGGAGAGCGAAAUGGGUAUGGGGACACAAAUCGAUAUCUACAUCCCGGUUCAAUCCUUGACCGCGGAGAGUUCUGAAUCGUUAGACCCGUACAGCAAACCGGCCGUCCCAAUUCCGCCCACUCGAGUAUGUCUAAUCGGCUUCGAGGGCUAUCCCGACCUUCAGGAGACACCCACUGGCAUUCAAAGCACAGAGUCAAAACGUAAACUAUCGAUUCAAAAGGCCGUCGGCGAGGUGUUGUUAGCCCAACCGAACUUGAGUGUUUCAUUUUCAGAGUCAGUCGAAAACGCCCAAGGCGAUUUUGCAGUUAUCGAGGAAGCAAAACUACUGCAGACGCUGCAGGACGGUUCUUUGUUCUCAGUUCAAACAAGGUUCAAGUCUUUCUUGGUGCUGGGUGAGAAGCUUUCAAUUGCGGAGGGCAAUUUCAAGGCGAAUCUUGUUCGCGUCUCUCAGCCAUAUGGCCCCCAAAAACUACGAAAGGCUGUCAACUCAAUAUUGGCUGAUUUAGAGCUAUCUGAGACCCAUCAAGAUCCUUAUCCCAAAUGUGAUACGGCGUUUGUGCAGGAGGCUCUGCAAUCAAACGACCAUGACGCUCGCAGAAAUACUCGGCCCAAAUCUGGAAUGUCUAACACAGCUGCACAGACCCCCGCGCCAACUCUUCCUGUUACCUUGGAGCCACCGAUCACCGAUGACGGAGCGCACGUUCUUAUUGUAGAUGACAAUGAUAUUAAUUUAAAGAUCCUUACUACCUUUGUUCAAAAACUAGGCUGCAGCUACGAAUCAGCUACGAAUGGGUUGAUUGCGCUUGGCAGAUACAAAGAGUCCAAGCAACGCAUAAACUACGUUCUGAUGGAUCUCUCCAUGCCGGUAAUGGAUGGCCUCACCGCCACGACAAAGAUUCGAGAGUAUGAAAAAGAGAACAACAUCCCGGAAGCUUGCAUCAUGGCCGUCACCGGAGUCGCUUCCGCUGAGAUGCAACAACAAGCGCAAUUGGCAGGGAUCGAUGAUUAUGUGGCCCUUCAGCGAUACAAGAUCCCUAUCCGGAAGGUUGAGAACGAUGGACUCCUACGAUGGUUAUGGAUCUCCCGGGAGGAAUCACGUCGGUCGCCCGCCUCUCAAGAUCGGCGACGUGCACGGCCGCGCUCCCGCUCGCCCGUGAUUGACCGGUACGAGCCUUCGGAGCGUCGUUCUCACCGCGAGGACUUCUACAACAAUUCUCGGGAGCAUGCUGCCCGAGAGCGCGAGGACCGCCGACGUGCCCCGUCGCCAACUGUGGCCAACAUCGACCGAUAUGUGCCCGGACAAGACAGCAGUAGUGGUGGCAAGCGUCCUAUUCCGACCAACCCGAUGCCCAAUCCUCUUACACUGGAUUUCCAAGUCGGAUUCAAUUGGUUUGCCGAGUGGUGGAGAUUGGAGGAAUCUGUGAAUGAGGAGAAGGAGCGCGCCAAAAACGGCGGUCGUCGAGUCAAGGGAGAGCGCGAGGCGCGCGAAGAUCGGGAGAAGGAACGUGCGCAAAUCCAGGCAGCUUAUGAUACAUACAAGGUUGAUCUGCAAAUUCGACUGGCCAGGCUGUUCGUCCAGCAGCACCGUAACGAGGAGUGGUUCAAAGAACGAUAUCUUCCUGAAGUCAGAGAUCCUCUUCGCGCCCGUCUCAUGACGGUUCGACAAGGUGCAUAUGAACAGUGGGAGCAUGAUAUUGAAAAUAACCUUUUCAAGGACUUUACCCUUGAAGGCAUAUACAAGAGCGAUAGCGACGGUGCCGGUGGUGUGGUUGAAAAGGAGGAAGGCGAGACUACGGCUACCGCUGAGACCAUGGGAGUGCUUGACCUACUUCCAGUCCGUGGCGGAGACCUUCGUGACGAAGCUCUUGCACAGCCUGCGCUCCUUAUAAAAACCCUCGCACCCAACGUCAGCCGCAGCAAGAUCGAGGAGUUUUGUAAGGAGCAUCUCGGCGAGGAAGAUGGAGGUUUCAAGGGGCUGAGCCUCAGCGACCCGAACCCAUCUAAAAAAUUCCAUCGCAUGGGAUGGAUCAUGUUGCAUCCUUCCGCAAACACCACAGUGGAGCGAGGGGAUGGACGCGAUGAAGAGUUCGAAAAUAUGGAUCAAGAUGGAGGUGCGAACGGUGGUGUCACAAUCAGCCCGGCUGAGAAAGCUCUCGAGGCUGUCAAUGACAAGACCAUCCAUGAUUCCGUCCAUGGUGACUUUGUUUGCCAUGUCGGGGUUCAUGUCCCCCCUGCUCAGCCGCGCAAGAAGGCUCUCUGGGAUCUGUUCUCCGCACCUGAGCGAAUUGAUCGUGAUCUCGAGCUGGCCAAACGUUUAACUUCCAAACUGGAUUCCGAAAUGAACAUCUCUGUGGAUGGUUUCACCAAGAUCGAAGAGUAUGUUGACGACCUGCGCGGCAAAGGAGAGCUUCAGCCCCCUGCUACGGGACCAGUCAGUGUCAAGAAGCAGAGAAACGGAUAUGGCGAUGAAGGGGACGAAGGGGAGAUUGAGGAAGGUGAAGAGAAGGAAAUUUCCGAAGAAGAAGAUGUGGAUGAUGAGGAACUUGCAGUGAAGAAGAAGAAGCUAGACUUGGUUGUUGAAUACCUACGUCGUGUCUACAACUUCUGCUUUUUCUGUGUCUUUGAAAGUGACUCAGUCCAUGAACUCGGCCGCAAGUGCCCUGGUGGACACCUUCGCCGUCCGCGCACCGGACUUUCCACCCAGGCCAAGGAAGUGGCCCGAGCCAGCGCGCUCGGCCAGCCAUUCCCGGCCAAGAAGAAGGAACCUAGUGAGGAAGGAGAAGAUCCCUCCUCGCCUGUCCAGGAGAAGCGUGGACAGCGCCAUGGUUCCAAAUCUGAACAGCAACUGCAACGUGCCUUUAACUGGGUGAAGACGUUCGAAGACAAGUUACUGCAGAUCCUGGAGCCAGAGAACGUCGAUCUCAGCAAGCUCGGCGGCAAGCCCGUCGAUCAGGCGCUUGAGGAUGAACUUCUGAAAUAUAUGAAGCAGGAGGACGACUCCAAGUACCGGUGCAAGGCGCCUGAAUGUACCAAGCUUUUUAAGGCCGAGGCCUUCUGGCGCAAGCAUGUCGAGAAGCGCCAUACAGAGUGGUUCAAUGGCAUCAAGAACGAUCUCGCCUUAGUGAAUGCCUAUGUCUUAGACCCAGCACGCAUUGCCCCAUCCCGAUCCGAUGCCAACAGCAACGGUCACUUCCCACUUGGCUCCGGCCAAGGUCAUACCGGCACUCCCCGUGGAUUCACCCUUGCCAGCAUGCCCUACGCCCCCAAUGGAAACAUGCCUACCUUCCCUCCAAUUCCCGGCAUGAUGGGUUCCGGCUGGAAUGGAAAUGCAAUGGGACACGACGGUGGUCUUCACCAACCCGGACCCAUGCGCCGCGGCCAGAACCGCAACAACCGACCCGGCCCGUACGACCGUCGCCGAUUCAAUGGAAACGGCCGACUGAGCCCUCCCCGCGGCAUGCCAGGCAUGUAUGGUGGUCGCCUACCGCCUCCUGGUGUCAGCGUUCCAGCUGGCCACCCCGCAGCCAACAUGGCCGCUGCCAACCCGUUCCCAGACUCAAUGGGUUCCAGCGGAGGUCCCAUGGCCCCGCGCGAAGCCGUCCAAGGCCGCAGCCUGAAGAGCUACGAGGAUCUGGAUGCAGUCGAUGCCUCUGGCAGCGGCGAACUGCAGUACUAG